UAUGAAUAUCAAACCGGAUAUAAAUUUAAUCAAGGUUCUUCAACAACAAUUAAAAACUGUCACAAAAAGAAAUUAGAAGGUGAUCGUAAAUUACAAGAAAAAUUUGAAUAUUACUUUUUCCCAUUCAAAUGCGAAUAUUCUACGAAAAAAUUACAGUCUCGAACGAAAGACAAAAAACCGUGUGAUGCCGGAUUCAAAGUUCAUUUUGUCCACCAAGAUAAAGAUCAGGAUGAAGAUCCAUAUUUGGAAAUUUUUGAUUAUCGGAGUACACAUAACCACAAUGUUGAACCGUUUCAUUGGCUGGAAGACAGUGACGACGAUAGUGAAAAAGCAGGGAAUAAUGAAAAAAAAUUAAAAAAUUCCAAGUCAGUGCCGGCACGAAAGGACGAGGAUGGGGAAAACAUUGAUGAGAAUAAUCGCCCACCAGCGGAUCUGUUAACAGCAGUAGAACUUUUGCGCAAGGAUGAUGACCACAGUGGUGGUAGUGAUAAAAAUUCCUCAGAAAGUCGUAAUUCUCGGAUCACUCGUCAGAAAAAACAUAUUCAAAUUAAAAACAUACAAACUGUUCAAGUUUUGAUCCACCGAAAAGAUGAAGACGAUGCUAGUGCAGCCAUUGAAAUGAAGCAAUCAGCUGAUAAUUCAUGCGAAAAUCAUGGUGUUCCACCUGAUAUUAUACCACUUGCUGAAGAUUUGACUGCUCAGAAAAAAAAUACAUUAGCCGAUAAUGAAGGAGAUCCCAAUUUGUUGGCUAAUGAAAAUGAUGAUAAUAGUCGGGAUACAGUAAUAUUACCUCAAAAUCCCAACGAGAAAUAUAUUGAAGAUGACAAAAGCAUACCCCGAGAAAUUUUUCACCGUUCUGACUUAGAAAAUCCGGCAGGAAAUUGCAAAAUUGAUGGUGCUCCAUUAAAGGAUAGUACACAUCACCAAGGCGAAGGAGCUACAACUGAAACAGCUACAGUUUCACCACGUGCACAAAAUUUGGAAACAAAAAAAAAAACAAAACUGAGCAAACGUAAGAAAAAGCCGCUGUUCAGUGCACCAAAAAAACACCACGACGACAUCGAGACAUGGUAUUGUCACGUUUGCACAAAGUGUAAGAGAGAUAAAAUGGUGACAUGUUCAGUUUGUGACGAGUUUUGCCACGAAAAAUGUUCAAAAAAAAUAAAUAGAUCAACUAAUAUAUGCGACAUUUGCGACGACCAAGUACGAAAAUAA